AUGGCGGUUGUGGGUCAAGGACGGGCCAAGCGAGAAUUUUCGGCAACUUUGAAACAUAUGGCCGGCGGGCACGGCCAGCGACGUUGUUGGCGCUUCUUCACGAGCGAACGUCUCCAGAAGCCACCCGCUGUAACACUUGAAACUUUACUUCAUUGUCCUCUUUUUUUCCAGCCUAUUAGCUCGUCCUCUUUCUUCAUUUUUCUACUCUCCCGACACUUUCAUGCCCAUUUUUGCGCAAGUUUGAGUUUAUUCUGAAAACGACGUUUUUUCAGACAAACGUCAUGGAGAAGGCUAGAAUUGCCAGGCGUCUGGAGGCCGUUUUUGACGAGCAGAAGAAAGCGGCUACUUUGGCUUCAACGGCUACUGGGUUCAUCAUGUCAGUUUCUUCAGGAAUUUAAACUUGAGAGGUCAUUUCUUGUCGGAAGCCGCUGAGACAUAGUCUGAUAUCAUUUUUGUGAGCUUUAAUUUACAAACUUCUCGGUUUUUAAAAACAGAAGCUCAGUUCACAAAAAGCAAUGAUUUCUUUUUAAUAAAUUGGUUCUCAAUGAUUAAGAAUCUCGGCUGAUUCAAACUUUGAUGUAUUCGUAUCAUGACGUGGAAUGAACUAUUUCGUAAUUACGGUAGUUUCAAAUUUCAGAAAAAUGUUUAUGAGAUUUCAAAACUACGUUCCAGGUCGAUCUGCUUCUUCGUGCUCCCUUUGAUGUGGUCUGGCAUGUUUCACAUCGUUCCUUUCCCAGCUCAGCAGACGUGCUCCGGCGACCCAUGGAGCGGCAUCACCGACCUCUGA